GCAAACACGUGCAUCAUUCAGUAAAUAACCUUCGUAAUCACGCGUCCGUAUAAUCUGUUUUGAAUGAUCACUUCUGGAAAGUCUUUCGAAGUGAAUUUUGCUUCUUAGCAUUUAUUUUUUAAAUUUAUUUGUGCUGCGUUGGGUCUAGCUUACCAGAAAACGAAUUAAGCUAUUUGAGACCCAUUAAUCUCAAAUUGGUUUAUGAAAUGUUAAAAUAAUAAUUAAAAAAUAAAAGCAAAGCUUAUUAACGCGAUUAACGUCUGAGUGUCCCCCAUAUUCCUAUUCUCCAUAUCAUCAGCUGUGUACGCUGAAGAUGAGUUUAAUAUUGUUUAAAAAAGACGAUAUUGGGGAAGACCGACAUCUGAUGAAUGGAAAAAUACACGGAAAGUCUUUAUUUCAUUUUUAUCAGCAUUGUGCUAAACACUUAUUUCUUCGUAUCACUAGGCAUAAGAACUCUCUUCCUCAUACUGCGUGAUGAAAUUACAGAAAGCACAUGUUUACAUCGCACAUACUUUUUAACAAAUGCUAACACUUUGUCUCAUUCACAACAAUUUUUAGUGAGCAAUCUGGAGAGUAAGAAAGUUAGCAUUUAUGACGAAAAAGUCACUGAGGGAAAACUUCCGGUCAAGCCAUUAGAUGGCAUUCAAAUUUCACAGCAGUCAACGAAAAAGAAAACUGUUUUGUUUGUUUACUAUUAGCAGCUGUGCUUGGCGAUGAACGGUUCGUGCGGAAUAUCCCCUAAAAGUACGUGUGUCACUAUUAGUAUAAAAUACAAAACCCAAAGCCUCUCGGAUUUAGGUACUUCUAUUACACUACAUAAGCAUAAGAUGAGCUUGUCAGUAGUACGAAAUGUUUUCAGAGAAUACCCUAUUGUUAAGGGUAUGGCAACGUAUAGUAUUAUAUGGCCAACCGGGAGUCUAAUUCAACAAACCAUGGAUGGAAAGAAUUGGCGAACUUACAACUAUAGGCAAUGCAUGAACUUUGCCAUAUUCGGGACGUUGUUUGUGGCCCCAACCUUAUAUGGAUGGGUUAAAAUCUCCAGCCAAAUGUGGCCAACAAUGAACCUAAAAACGGGGAUAAUUAAAGCAAUUGUAGAACAAUUUAGCUAUGGUCCAUUUGCUGGGGCGAGUUUCUUUUUCGGAAUGAGUCUGCUUGAGCAAAAAACAAUCACGGAAUCAGUACAGGAAGUAAAAUCUAAAUUUCCCGAUACUUACAAGGUUGGAAUUUGUGUGUGGCCGGUAAUCCAAACGAUAAACUUUUCCCUAAUAGCAGAGCACAACCGUGUUCCUUUUGUCAGUGUUUGCAGUUUAUUGUGGACUACAUUUUUAGCGUAUAUGAAGCAACGAACGGCGAAAACGGAGCACCUCGUUCAACAGGAGAUUACAUCAUGAAACGUGCAAAACCCAUUGAGCUGGAGAAAAAUGUUUUAAAAUUUAACAAGAUUGCCAAAGAAUCUAAAAAUGCCGAAUGUAUGUAGUGAAAUUGUUCAGAGAGGCAUUAGAAGCAUUUUGACUACAUCAGUCAUUUCAAUUGUUGUGUAUAUAUUUAUUGAAAAACAUUCUAGCUAGCCAAAUGUACCUUAGAAAAAGAAAAAAUGAAUCAAAAUAUAUGUUUUAUAA